AUGAUUGCAUUUGUUUCAAUUCUUCUUGCUCUCCUGGCCCCUGAAACCACUGCUAUUAUAUCCGGAGACUUGAAUUGCACAAGUUACAACGGAACAGCAUUCGUCUACACACCGGCUGCUACUGCCUGCACAAAUACCAUCUCCGAUGCAUCAUGUGCUGUUCUCUACCCAGUAGCCCUUGCAGCUGAUGGGUACCCGAUGCCAAACAACAAUGCUGAAAGACCACGUCCAUGCUACACAUCUGCUGCUGCCACUCCUGCUGCAAUCGUUCAAGACAUGAAGACAGCUGCAUUGGCUAACUGCCCGAAAACUUGUGGAUUGUGUUGUCAAACAAGCGCCUACAAUUGUGCGAAUGUUCAAUUCCCACGUUUGAACUGCGCCACCAUCACCGCAUCCCAGUGUUUGUCACAAGUCUGGAGAACAAUUAUUGCCGCGGAUUGCCCAUCCGCUUGCGGAUUCUGCAACGAUGGUGGUUGUGUCGACGCUAUCCUGAACUGCGCCAAUGACAUUUCCAUCUGCACCGACUCCAGAACGCAAACAUUUGUUAAUGAAAACUGUCAGAAGACCUGUCAAAGAUGCCCUUCAUCCACCACAGUCAGCUCAAUAUCUGGUGGUGCCUGCUCCUCAUACAUCGCUGAUAGCUCCUCCAGCUGCACCGCCUGGGCUGCCAAUGGGUUCUGCACCAACACUUUCUACACUGCGAUUCAAAGAAGAGCCUACUGUGCUACCAGCUGCAGACUCUGCUAA